CAUAAAUACUGUUACUUUUUCUAUGUCUCAACUCAUAUGUAUUAUUUCAGUCAACUAACGCUCAACGAAAUCUCUCACUAAAUAUCAACCUAUUAAGUUUUGAAUAUUAAAAGAACAUCUUUAUCAACCAAUUCGAAAUGUUGGAAACCGAUAAAAUUUCGAAGUCAAGUAAACGUCGACGAACUUCUUGGGAUAUGGAGGAAGAGCAAAGUAGAACUUUGUAUUUACGAUUUCCACAUCCUAUCAAAAGUAAGGAUGAAAUAAAGAGCCUCUUUUUUGGGAAAUUUAAAAUCAAGCUUCCACAAAAGACAACCAGGCAUUGUCAUGUGAUUUUCUCAACUGUAAGGGAUAAAAUUGCAAAUUUGAAGGCAAUCAAAAAGACAUUCAUCAAUGAAAAACACAUAUUGGUUGCCCCAUCGAAGUUAGCUGAUAGGCAAGAAAUGAAAAAAGCUAAAUUGAGAAUGCUUGCUUUAAGAAAAAAAGAAAAACUUGAAUUAGAAAAACAUUUGCUAGUUUCUAACAUUCCAAACGGAGUAGAAGCUUCAGAAGUGAAAGCUGCACUUACAGGAGCAGUAGCAAUAACUUUUAUGAAUGAUCUGAAAGAUGGAAAAAGGCAAGCUCAAGUACAAAUGGAAACAAAAGAAUUAUGUUCACAAUUUUUAACUAGACAAAUUCCAUGGCCUACUUUGAAUGGAGAAUGUGUCGUCAUAUCUUUACCAAGAUUACCAAAAAAUCGUUUUAUUCCUAAAGAAGAAGAGAAAAUGGAUAAUCCAGUUAUUAAAGAAUUUACACAAGAUCAUGAUACAAAACAAUCAUCUGACUACAAAGUUACAGAGUCAGAGACUCGUAAAGAAACUGUUUCAACUGAUUUUGAGCUCAAUAACAAAUGAAAGUGUUGAUUAAUUGAUAUUGUAAAGUAAGUUUUGAAUAGAAUAUUAAUUUUAGGGGUUGAAAAGAGUGUUACGCAUUUAAAAUAUAGAAUAUUUGUUUUUAGUUUAA